GGUAUAACUAGUAAUUUUACGUUAUUCGUAGUAUCCCUAGUCACUAUCCUAACUCCGCGAACGUUAACCAAUAUAACAAAGUCUUCGUGGAUGACCAAAAUCCCUAAAAUGUGGCCUAUAGUUAUUAAUAUAUUGUCUCUGUUGCUAAACACAGUCAAUGUGUCUACUGUCGUAUUCUGCAAGACGUGUUAUUUAUUGAAACCACCAACGUUAGGUAGCAAUAGUGGGAAUUCCAUGCAUCACUUUGUUAGCUACCCCUAGUUAGCAUAGCUGAUAUCGCUAUCGAUAGGUAACUGAAGAAAAGUUUCUACUAACGUUACUUUAAGUUUAGCUUGCUAAAUUAACUGAAAUAGAUCCGUAUCCGUAUAAUUUGAGUUGUAGUUGGAAUAUUAACUGUGGUUGUCUGUUAGUUGAUGCAGAUAUCAUAUGUGCUUCAGGAAUGAUGUGCUUUAAAAUAGCAGUUGCCAUGCUAGCUAGCUAGGGUAGUUAGCCACAAAAAGUUUAGUAACGUUAACUGUCGCUAGGUAUCUAACGUUAGUGUAAUGUUUGCUCUUUACAACUAAUUUGUUAUUGGAAGCUAGCUUGAUAACAUACGUUUUCACUAACUUGUGUCGAUGUUAGGCAAGUAUCGUUAACUGUCUGUUAUGUUUAAGCAGGUAAGGGUAAAGUUGGCUAGUUUGAGAUGCAUGUGAUGCUAGCCUGUCCUAAAACAUAACCGUAAAAUAUACUGACUACACAAGCUGAAAUGCUGAAAUUAAUGGUUGAGGUAACGUUAUGAUACUCUUUGCAUUGUUUUGUGAGAAUUCUGUCAAGUUAGCUUGUUGGAUUGCACUGAAAUGUACAUGGUAAAUGUAAUCUCGCAAUGAGGACAACUUCACUAUUAACAAAUGGGCAGCCAGUAAUACUACUGUCUUCAACUUAUCGGCGGUAUCGGCCUGCAAAAUUAAGAAAGGAAAAUAGUUUGGCCUUGUCCAGAGCACAGAAAUCUCAGCCCAAUGAAAUUAGAUUUGUGUUUGCUAGCGCUGACGUUCAGGUGCCCAGGCAGGAAUGCACAGAGCAGUCGAAUUGUGAGAGAGGAUAUUUGCAAACUCCACUUGUGCUAUGACAACCUCACAGAUGCACCAAGACACCAAAGAAUCCGUGGGGUACAAAGAUAUGGAGUGGCAGACACCAGCUGUGUCUGAGAAGUUCCAGAGACGCUUUGGCUGGCGUCCCAGCACAGCGGACAGUGGGGACACAGGGUUUGGUGCCACCCCCUCAGACUACUCUGAAGAUCUGUGCAGCUCCAGCAGCAGCUUGUCCUUCCAGCCCAUCCGCAGUCAGAUCCCCAUCCCCACCGCCCAUGUCAUGCCCUCCACGGCCGGCGCCCCGGCCUCCAAGCCCCAGUCUCACUCCCUACCCAAAGAGGAGCCCCACGCCUCCUCGUCCUCCAACUCCAGGAACUCAAGCUCCUCCAGCUCCAAGUCCUCCCUCUCCAAGUCGUCCUCCUCCCCCAACCUGGAAGCCGAGGGCACAGGGGCAGACGGCAGGGCCGGCAUGCCCAGGCCUGACUGCCUGAGCCGCUACCGCAGCAUGGUGAACGGCCUGGACUAUUCGCUCUUCCCUGCCGGCGAGCACACGCGGCUGGAUGACCCGCAACACUUCGAUAUGCCCACCGUGGAGCCCACUCUCAACCAGUCCGCACUGCUAGGGGGCCUGGGCCUGGACAUGCGACUGCGGCCCCAGAUGACUGGGUUCGGGGACCGGGCGGACCAUGUGGUGAUCGGAGACACCUACCGCCCAUCCCUAGAGCAUAGCUACAGGGUGCUCCCAGAGGCCCAGCCAGGACUAGUGGCUGGGUCAGCGGACCCAUACACCAUGAGGCUAGGCACACUGGGCUCCGGACACUCUAUGGGGCUGCAGAUGGGGGCCCAGGCCUAUGAGCCCCUGCUGCAGGACCGCUGUGCUGAGCUCAAUAACUGGCAGCAGCUGGAGAACCUCCGCCUGCAUGUGGAACAGAUGCAGAUGAGGAACUACUCCCAGCAUGCACAGCUGUUGACCUCAGGAAGCAAUCAGUACCCCUCUCUCUACCCAUCUACGUUACACUCAGAUGGCAGUAAGUGGGAGGCCCUGGUCAACGCCAACGAGAGCAUGCUGAAGGAAAAAGAGCUGCUUAUUGAGAGGCAGCAGCAGCAGAUGGCUCAGCUGGAGCAGCGUCUGAGGGACAGUGAGCUGCAGGUCCACAGUGCAAUGGUGGGGCGGGGAGCGCCCUACACAGACGUCUGUCUGCUCCGCCUGCAGGAGGCGCAGCGGGAGAACGCCUUCUUGCGGGCUCAGUUUGCCGAGCGCAGCGACGGUCUGGCCAAAGAGAAGGCGGAGGCAGAGCGGCGUCUUGGUGCAGUGGAGGCCGAGACGCGGCGCGUCACCGAGUCGCUGCGGGAGAGUGACGAGAAGCACGCGGAGGAGCUGAAGAGGCAGGAGGAGAGAAUCCGUAACCGGGACAAGCACAUAAACAACCUGAAGAAAAAGUGCCAAAAGGAGACGGAGCAGAGCCGCGAGCGGCAGCAGCGCAUCGAGACGCUGGAGCGCUACCUGGCCGACCUGCCCACCAUGGAGGACUACCAGGCCCAGAGCAAGCAGCUGGAGGAGGCUGAGAGGAGGGCUGCGCAGCUGAAGGCCACAAUGGAGGAACUUGAAGCUCGACUUGAGGAGUCACGCUCAGCCACGCGCGACAGAGACACACAGCUGGAGGAGCAAAGACGCAGGGAGAGAGAGCUGCUAUGCACCGUCACCAGCCUCCAGGAGCGUGUGCAGGAGGAACUAAAGGAUGGAGCCAGGCUGCCGUCUCUUGACCUAGAAAAGCUGAGGGUGGAAAACACCACCCUUAAGGAGGAGCAGCACCGGCUGAAAAAGGUGGUCGAAAAGCAGCUGCGAAUGAUGGAGCAGCUGGGUACACAAAUUCGGACGCUGGAGGAUCAGGUGUCUCAGGAGGAGAGCAGCAGCCAGGCUCUGAGGGAGGAGCUGAUGGGGAAGGAGCAGGGUCUGCUGCAGGUGCGAUCGGCAAUGAAGGAGCUGUCCUCUCAGAACCAGGACCUGUUGGAUCAGAACCUGACCCUGCAGGAGCGCCUGGAGGAGGCGGAUCAAGCCGGUUUCGGAUCGGGUUUGGGCCGGGGCCCCCCUCAGGCGGCGAGUGCACGUCUGACGCAGCGUCUGCACGGAGAGAUGGAGGCGUGUCUGUGCGACCUGCGCUCCCUCUGCAGUGUCCUCACCCAGCGCACGCAGGGACAGGACCCCAACCUCUCCAUGCUGCUCGGCAUCGGCUCCUCCCCCCCGCUGGCUGACUCCUGUGAGGACUGGCUUAGCUCGGAGGUGCUGCAGAGAAAGCUGGCUGAGGCCCAGCAACUACGGCGGGACGUGGAGCAGCUCAGAACCACCAUCUCUGACCGCUACGCACAGGACAUGGGCGAGAACUGCAUUACCCAGUGAGCCACGCCUUCUACACCUGGUCUCUGAUCACCAUGCGCAUGACAUGGGUGAGAACUGGGACAUCCAGUGGGACAGAUGCACAACCACAUUUAAACACACACAAACCACCAUCAUCUCCACCCCAACCUCUUCCUGGGCAUGAACUGGAUCACUCGCUGGUCUUCUGUCCUAGUCGCCAUCGCAACAUGCCUGACACCAUUCUAAGUACUGUAUUACUCACUCACUCACAGGGCACUACAGACACCUGUCACUCAACUGGCCUUGUGUAGGCUUCAUCCCUGCCAUCGUCUUUAUCCCAACCAAGGAGAAGCCAUGGGCAAUAUGUGUUCAUGUCCAGUAGAUUGCCAUUAGAAGGACCCCAAGUAUUACUGGAACACUAAUGUAUGCUUUUUUUGUAUAUGUGUUGAGUAUUUCAGUGUCCUUACUGUUUUGCCCUCUCUCUCUCUGUCUGUUUUUGAGGUGGCAUCAACACUAUAUUUAUUUAAAAUGGAUCUUCCUCUUUGAGGGAAAAAGAUUUUUAGCUGUGGUUGACAAUCAACUGAAAAUGUCUAGAUCUCUUUCGCUUACCUACGGCAGUGUAAGUGUUCCUAAGCUACUGUUAUUUCAAGUGUAUCGUUUAGCCUCAGACCCUGGAAGAGAGAAUUAUGGUACAGGGGUCUUUCAGUGGACUGUUUUUAAACCAUGGCUGUUAGGAGAGUUAUUUUUACAGUAGGGCUAUCAGGGACUCUGUCCCUCUCUUUCUCUUCCUCCCUCACUUUAUUUUUCUCUCCUGCUGAGUUCGGGUUUCUCUGAGACCAUCAUGGUCGCAUGGCCAUCUCAACAGACAGUAGUCUCACUCAUAAAAGUGCCCCCCUCUGACUAUAGAUUCCUUAUAUUCAACAUGGUCACCUAGACUAAAGCACAUCUUCUAUAGCAAAGUGAUGACUGACGGUAUCGUGUGCAGCAAGUUCUUUUAUGUGUGUGUGUGCAGCAUUUUAGAUGUUCUUGUUGGAAUAGAGUGGAUUCUCUAUUGCCUUUGGGAAAAAAAUACAUGCCAGCAAACAGCCCUUAACAUUCCCUUCAUACAGAUGUACUGAAUGUGUUAUUUGACAUGUGUGUUGUAGAGCAGUAUUUGAUGUUUGGCGUGCUGUAUCAGCCUCCUGUGAGAUGGAUGUGUUUGAGGUUUUCUCAGUAGGAGUUUACACUGUACCGUGUGCCUGAGCAGUCACUGCAGCAUUAUCGGUGUGCCUCAAAUAUCAACUGCCAUAUCCUGUGUGCGCCAAUUUAGAGCAGUGAUGACACUGACACAAAAUCACUACUGGGCAGCCUAAGUAAUUCCUACUUGCUCAGGAUGUUUAUGGCUCUUAUGCAUAGUGUGCUGGACCAGUGUCCAGUGAGCAGUUUUGCAUUGGCAAAAAGGGGAAAGGACAGUUAACUGUCCAAUAAUGCAUACGUUUUUGUUUGACAGUGUGUGCAAACAGCCAUAGGGCAGGGCCGUAUGCUUCUAUUAAUGACACUACACUAAAAAAACACUACACCUUUCUGUGUGCAUAGAUGUAAUACUGCACAGGAGUACAAAGGAAGAAAGAGGGGGUCAAUCACGGUCAUGAAGCUGAGUGUGAAAGCUCUCGGUAAACAUUUCCGCAUCUCAGAUGCUUGUCUUUCUCCAAGUCAUGCAGCUGCAUUUUGAUGCGAGUGUCUGUCAGGUAACUGCAGAACUAUAUACAUUGUUUCAUUUUGGAGCCCAAUCAAGUUCUUGGAGUCGUUGUGCACUGUGGUAUAUAAUAAAUAACACCUCCCCAGGCUCUGGUUUGGAUUCCAAGAACUCAAUGACCUAAUGACUAAAUGGCCAAGUUAUAGGCUAGUGGCAGAUAUGACUGUGGCAUGAUGAGUGUGGCACAAGUUAAUUUUACUUGCUUCAGGUUUCCUCCAUGAAAACUUGAAUAACAUGCCUUACUGAAGUGCUAUUUAAAUGUCUGGAAAUAAUGUAUUGCUGAAAUGAUGUUGGGAAAGUACUGCACAUAGUCCAGGUUCAUCACCAGACUGCACAGAGAAUGUUUGUGUGUGAGCGCGUGAGGGAAUAAUAACAAACCAGCUAAAAUAACCAUUUAAGCCAGCUGUUUUUUGCAACACUAAAAGAUAUCUAUUUUUUUGUCUUAAAUUUCACAUAUUUUAGAAAUAAAGUUUGUUUUCAAUAA